UAAGUUAUUCAUUAGCGCGAACAUCUGACCUAGUUUGACAUCGCAAAGCCAAGGUUUUUCCGUAUCCAAAAAGAUCAACUCCGUCGCUGGCCGAAAACCUCACCUCCGACCACAAACCACUCACCUGAAAACCAUGGCCCUAAAAACAAAAUGAUAAGUAAACACAAACAUAACUCAUGGCAGAGUUACCCAAAUCUCUCUCUCCUCACCACCUCCUCACCCUCCUCAAAUCCCAGAACAACCCCGCCUCAGCCCUCUCCCUCUUCUACUCCGCCCCCAAAACCCACCCUAAUUACAUCCAUACCCCCGCCGUCUUCCACCACAUCCUCCGCCUCCUCUCCCACCACCCCACCCUCCUCCCUCACUUGACCCGAAUUAUCCACCUCAUCCGCGCCCAAAACCUCACAUGCCCCGAAGACAUCCCACUCACCGUCAUCAAAACCUAUUCGAAAAACCUAAUGGUCGAUAAGGCCGUGUUUGUUUUCCAGAGGAUGAAAGAGUUUUUCGGGUGCGAACCGGGUAUAAGGUCGUACAACUGUUUGUUGAACACGUUCGUUGUGGGUAACCAGUGGGACAGGGCGGAGUUGUUUUUUAAGCACUUGCAGAAAAUGGGUGUGUCUCCCAAUUUGGAGAGUUACAAUGUUUUGGUUAAGAUUUCGUGCAAGAAGUUGCGAUUCAGUGAGGCGAGGGAGUUGUUGGAGUGGAUGUGGGUGUGGGGACUGAAGCCCGAUGUUGUUAGCUACGGUACGGUGAUUAAUGGGCUCGCGAAGAGUGGGGAUUUGUCGGGCGCGUUGAUGGUGUUCGACGAAAUGUCUGAGAGAGGGGUGAGUCCUGAUGUGAUGAGUUAUAACAUUUUGAUUGAUGGGUUUUUCAAGAAAGGCGAUUCUGUUGGGGGCAUGGAGAUUUGGGAGAGGUUGGUGAAGGAUUCGGGCGUGUAUCCGAAUGUUGUUACUUACAAUGUUGUGAUUAGUGGGUUGUGCAAGUGUGGGAAGUUCGAUGAAAGUUUGGAAUUUUGGCAGCGACUUAAGAGGAAUGAUCGGAGGCAGGAUUUGUUUACUUAUAGUAGUUUGAUACAUGGGUUGGGUAAGUGUGGAAAUGUGGAUGGGGCUUCGAGAGUGUAUGGAGAAAUGGUUGAGAGCGGAGUGUCUCCGGAUGUGGUGGUAUAUAAUGCGUUGCUCAAUGGCUAUUGCCAAGCUGCAAAGAUUAAAGAGUCCUUCGAGUUGUGGGAUUUGAUGGGUAAAGAGGGAAAGCGUAAUGCCGUGAGUUUCAACAUUUUGAUCAGGGGGUUGCUUGAGAAUGGCAUGGUGGACGAAGGAAUUUCUAUGUGGGAACGCGUGGCUGAUAACAAUUGUCUAGUAGAUUCCACAACGUAUGGUGUGCUGAUUCAUGGAUUGUGUAAGAAUGGGUACUGGAACAAGGCUUUAGUGGUCCUAAGAGAGGCAGAAGAUAGAGGAGAUGCUCUAAAUAUUUGUGCAUAUUCAUCCAUGAUCAAUGGGUUAUGUGGAGUAGGGAGGUUGAGUGAAGCAGUUCGCUUGCUUGACGAAAUGAGAGGGCAUGGCUGUCAGCCAAAUUCAUAUGUUUUCAAUGCACUGCUAAAUGGAUUGAUCCGAGCUUCCAAAAUCGAGGAUGCUAUUCAGUUAUUCAAAGAAAUGACAACAAAGGAUUGCUCUCCUAAUGUUGUUUCCUACAACACGCUCAUUAAUGGGCUAUGCAAAGUGGAGAGAUUCAGUGAAGCCUAUAACUUUGUGAAGGAAAUGCUGGAAAAAGGAUGGAAGGCGGACAUGAUCACUUACAGCUUGUUGAUGGAUGGUCUCUACCAAAGUAAGAAGGUUGACAUGGCCAUUAACUUGUGGUUUCAAGUUCUCGAUCAUGGGCUGCAGCCUGAUGUGAUUAUGCACAAUAUUAUGAUUCAUGGGCUAUGCUCUGUAGGCAAAGUGGAAGAUGCUUUGCACUUAUACUCGAAAAUGGGUGAACACCACUGUGUUCCGAAUCUUGUGACCCACAAUACACUAAUGGAGGGGCUUUACAAAACCCGAGAAUGCCAAAAGGCAUCUAUUAUUUGGGCCCGAAUUUUAGGAAAAGGGUUACAACCAGAUAUAAUCUCCUAUAAUAUUAUUCUGAAAGGGCUUUGUUCUUGUAAUAGAAUAUGUGAUGCCAUUGUGUUCUUGAAUGAUGCUUUGACAAGGGGAAUUCUUCCUACUUACAUUACAUGGAGCAUACUUGUAAGAGCUGUGCUGAAUCAUGGGGCUGUGACAUGACCCUUGCAUUGGAAGUGAGCUUCUGACUCCCUGCUACUCUUUUUGUUUCCCUAAGUUGAUUUUAUAAGGUUUUUUUUUUUUGUUUGUUUGCCAAAGCCGAUAUACAUCAGUGGGUUAGAGAGUUAGGUGUUAGUGGGGGAAAUGGGAAGGGUGGCCACCACAUAAGUGGGGCACACGGCAUGGGAAUCGAACCCAGCCAAAUGAAAGGGGCUUCAAGUGCUCUAACCAACUGAGACAUGCCCACUUUCAAGUUGAUUUUAUAAGUUGCAAAUGCAAUUUAGCUGUGAAAAUGAAGGUAAUAACUGAUGCAGCUAUCGCUCUUAGUCUGAGUUUCCACAGGUGUUUGAAUUUGUAGCCAAAAUGCUCGUCUGUGGAUUGGAAGAAUUUCUUUGAGGUGGUUGGUUGAAUAAUGGUCAGCUAGUUGGAAAAUGGUGAUUUUUGCUACCCAACCAGUAAUGCCUAGCCUUGCUACUCAUGGAUCUAUCUACAUAUGCUCAGGAUUAGGCACGUCCGCAAAAUUUGGCAAUGGAACCAGUAUUGCUGGUAGCAUCUAACUCAUUAGAUAUGAGUUGGGAAAUCAAACCCACCAAAAUCGCUCCAAGAAUCGCAACCUUUUGCCAUCUGGUUGAAGAAGAGAUCAACGAAUCAGCGAUCCCGGCGGCGACCAAGCCAAUCAAUGCGAGGUUAAGAAGUUGAGGAGACCUUGGCACUGGCUUCAUUGAGAUCUCUAAGAGCAUUUUCUCCAAACUGGUCGAGCUCGGCAUUGGCUUCUUCAGCGAAUUUGGUUAGAUAGGUGGACCGCUCGUCCAAGUAAUCGGUGAGGCGGACUUUUUGCGCUUCAAGCAUUGCAAUUUUGGCAAGCAGUUCCUGUUUUUGAACAUCUCCUUCAGGUUGGGAUUCCUCGGCAUUGGAUUCUUUGGAUUUGCAGAGUGAGAUUAGUGUGGGAUUCUUCGUGUGGAGUACUCUUGUGUGGAAAAGGGCAUGCUUUGGAGCGAAGGAGGUCUGCAUGGCUUUGAGGGAAAUCAUCAUUUUUGGAGAGAGAGAGAGAGAGGCAGUAGAAGUGUUUUCAGAGCCUCUCAUUCAAUGUACCUUAUCUAGUUUGACCAUAUAGUGUAUAUCCUGCUGUUGGGCCACUUCAGAGAAUGUACACAACAAUACUUGGUCAGAGCGUAGUAAAAAAUCCUAGUAAUUGCAGGUUUUUUAGUUUUAAUUAGCCAUUUUCUGGUUUAUGUAAUUUUUUUUUAAUAUCUUUUACUAUUAAAGUGAUGAGACAGAAUUUUAAUAGAAGGAGAGAGUCUGAACUUUUUUUACUCCC